AAGAAAUCGUUGGAAAUGAAAUUAAAAUGGUUAAACGAAAAGGAUGCUCGUCUUGCCGAUAGUUAUCAUCAAAUUGGGCGACUCUACUGGGACUUGUGCAAGUACGAUCAGGCUCUAGAUAUGCAUAACAAGUCACUACAAAUUGGAUUGUCAGUUCUUGGUCACAAUCAUCCCCAUGUUGCAAAGUCAUAUCACAACAUAGGAGUUGUCUAUCAUGACCAAGGCAAGUACGAUCAGGCUCUGGAUAUGUAUGACAAGUCACUGCAAAUUGGAUUGUCAGUCCUAGGCAAGUACGAUCAGGCUCUGGAUAUGUAUUACAAGUCACUGCAAAUUGGAUUGUCCGUCCUUGGUCACAAUCAUCCCGAUGCUGCGCGGUCAUAUGGUAGCAUAGGAGUUGUCUAUUUUGACUUGGGCAAGUACGAUCUGGCUCUGAAUAUGUAUGACAAGUCACUGCAAAUUGGAUUGUCAGUCCUUGGUCACAAUCAUCCCCAUGUUGCGAAGUCAUAUCACAACAUAGGACUUGUCUAUCAUCGCCAAGGCAAGUACGAUCAGGCUCUGGAUAUGUAUGAGAAGUCAAUUGGAUUGUCAGUCCUUGGUCACAAUCAUCCCGAUGUUGCGCGGUCAUAUAACAGCAUAGGAGUUGUCUAUCGUCACCAAGGCAAGUACGAUCAGGCUGUGGAUAUGUAUGGCAAGUCACUGCAAAUUCGAUUGCAAGUCCAUGGCCACAAUCAUCCCGAUGUUGCGUGGCCAUAUAACAACAUAGGAGUUGUCUAUCAUCACCAAGGCAAGUACGAUCAGGCUGCGGAUAUGUAUGACAAGUCACUGCAAAUUCGAUUGUCAGUCCUUGGUCAUAAUCAUCCCCAUGUUGCCAACUCAUAUAACAACAUAGGAGCUGUCUAA